AAGUCACCUAAGUUGCCCGGGAUACGGCGCGCGGCAGGUAGCGGAAGGUGCGCGGGGCAGGAGUGACACGGUGUCAUGGCGGAAUCGCAGCUCAUCUGCAUGGAUGAAGAACACGUUAACGUGAAAAUUCCCGAAUCCAAACCGGAGUUUUAUUACAGCGAGGAGCAGCGCGCGGCGCUCGAGCAUCUCCUCCGGAACGGGGACGGAGCGUUCAAGCUGCGGCUCCGCGAGGACAACAUCAAAGACUUCCUCUCGGCGCGCGAGGUGAAAUGGAUCCGCGAGACGUUCCGGGAAUACGACGAUCCCGAUCCCGACCCCGAUCCCGACGACGAUGUCCGCUCGGAGCCGCGCGCGCCGCGCUCACCCCCACCCCGGGGCUCGGACUCGGGAGUUCACUCCACCUACUGGCCCACAGUGUCGGACACCGAGGCACCGGCGCUCGAGCUCGGCUGGUCCACCGGCGGCUUCUACCGGGGAGUCACGCGCGUGUCGGUUUACACACAUCCACCCAAAGAGAGCAGUCCUCACAUCAAAGAGGUGGUGAGGAGACUCAUCCAGGAGGCGCACAAGACCAUAGCCGUGGUCAUGGACCUCCUCACAGACCUGCUCAUCCUGCAGGAUCUUCUGGAUGCAGCGAGUAAGCGUGGUGUUGCCGUGUACCUGCUGCUGGACGAUAACGGUAUUCCUCACUUCCUGGACAUGUGCAACCGCCUGCAGAUCUCUGCUCAACACCUCCGAAACAUGCGUGUGAGGAUGGUGAGAGGAUGCGGUCUCGCUAUGUCCUUCGGAAAGCUGCCAGGAUCAUCGUGCUCCAAGUACAUGCUGGUGGACGGAGAGAAAGUGAUGUUCGGCUCGUACAGUUUCACCUGGACCUCGUCUCGGAUGAACCGGAACACCAUCACCGUCAUGUCCGGUCAAGUGGUCGACUUCUUCGAUAACGAUUUCCGCGAGCUCUACGCCGUGUCCGACAAAGUGGACCUGUACCACGAGUUCCACAUUCCCAAACCCCCCAAACACACGAUCCCCACCCCGCUCCUGAAAGCUCCGCCCACUGCCACCCAGCCCGCUUUACCUGCAUCCACCUCCCGCUUUCAGGUGUCUCUGGGAGAAUCCAAACAGGUCAAUCUGAAAGUUCCUGCUCACAAAUAUCACAAUCCCAAAUACGCCCUGGUGGUGGGAAACAGUUUAGGCCUCACGGGAUCGCUGCAGGAUCUGACCAGGCUCAGGGAAAUCGCCAGAAACAGCUCGGAAAGCAACAUGGAGAAGUUACUCCACACCAGUGGAGGCACUAAAGAGCCAUCAGACAGAGCGUCCCAGGAGGAGACGAGUGAAAGUAAAGAAGAUGUAAAUAAAUCGCCAUUGUUCGGUUCAAAAAAGCAGCGCAGCUCCUUCAGGCUGUUCCUCAAAGGCAGGUCACCCAAUCAGAGUCCAGAUUUAAAGACAGAGAAUCAUAAUCACAACACCUCAGACGUGAAAACAGCCAAUCAAAUCAAAGACUCACCUAAGCCUGCCAAUCACGUCAAAGACUCACCUAAGCCUGCCAAUCACGUCAAAGACUCACCAAAGCCUACCAAUCAGAUCAAAGACUCAUCCAAGCCUACCAAUCAGAUCAAAGACUCACCUAAGCCUACCAAUCAGAUCAAAGACUCACCAAAGCUGGCCGGUCAGAUCAAAGACACAUCAAAACCUGCCAAUCAAAUCAAAGACUCACCAAAGCUGACCAAUCACACGAAGGAGUCGCCGAAGACGGUUAAUCACGUGAAGGAGGUGCAGCCUGAGAACUCGCAGAUUCCCAACGGCAAACACACGCCACCCUCUCCGUUACGGGAAAAACCCGAGAGUGCGGUCAUAGACGAGCUGGACGAUUCGUUCGUGAUCAUAGAAAAACCAAAUGUGAUGAAGUUUAAAAACAAAAAACCCUCCAGACUGCCGCAGAGAAGCGUGUCCAUGCAGGUCAUCAGCACAGGAGCCGAGGAAGGCUCCAAAGGACAAAAACGCAGCCAGAAGAAGUCGUGCAUUCAGUCCUGAGAUCAGUGGACAUUUAACACACUCACAGUAGAAGACAGAAACAUUACGCUGUGUAGAAAUGGACAGAAAUGCAUAAUAAUGUAAAUGUGAUGUAAUGUACAGUGAGAAAUUGUGAAAUAUGUCAGAGCAGAAUUUUCUAGACUGAUGAUAUUUUUAUUUCUGUGUAAGACGAGAUCAGUCGACUCAUCUGAGACGACGCUUCACCUCUGAAAUGUGAGAUAUAAAAAAUGUCAAAAGUGUUUGAAGUGAAUCGAGGAAGUCAGUGUCAUUAGCGUGAUGUUUAGGAGACGGUCAUGUGACCAUGUGAAGAACACGUCGCCUCGUUUCAUCACCUAAAGGAGUGUGGAAAUGAAAAAGCUUACAGUUUUAGUAGAAGUUGAGAAUUGUGUGUUUUUUGAUGAGCUAUGAAACUCCAUGAGACGUGUGUGUGUGUGAGUGUGUGUGUGGAUGCACUUGAUUUUUUUAAGAAUGUACAUAUGUUUAGUGACUGCAAUACAAAGGGCCUUUAGAGCUUCAGUAAAGGUCAUGCACUUGUGUUCCUGUGUUCUUUACCACACUUUAAAUCCAUUAAAUCAAAAUCUUGAAGCAGAUAAAUAUUAAGAGCUGAGAAGGAGUUCAUAUUUCAGUGCUGUUGUAUUUACAGGUGUGUAGACGUUAUCUGUCCUGACCUCAGUACGCGUCCUGUAGGUGCGCCUCGGUUUCAAUCCCCACCUUUGUUUGACUACUGAAUUGCCACUUAAUGUCUGCAGCUCACACACACACACACACACACGCACGCAAAUGACCUACUUACACAAACUCUGAACUUUCCCUCAUUAAAUUGUCAGAAAUGAA